AUGACUGCAUUCUUGACAUUCCUCUUUCUCACGGCCGCUAUCUACGACAAACCUCUGGCCACUUGGCCAGGAAAACAGGAUGCAAUCCCCAAUUGGGACUUUCAACAAUUGUGCAAAGUCUCCAAGAACACUGCAGCUCUUUCCGAGCCAGGCGUCGAUACUUCAUCCUGGCAUCAUGCGCCUGUAUCUCGAUGCACUUUAAUGGGCUGCCUCUUGGCCGAAGGCACCUAUGCCACAGACGGUCCUGAUGGGCUCUGGUACUCUGAUAACCUUGACCGUUUUGAUCAGAGCCCAUUCACUACUCCCUGGGUGUAUCGGAACCAAUUCCGCUUGUCUACAUCACCAAAGCGCCAUUACUUCCUUCAAACUAAUGGAAUCACCCCUGCUGCAGACUUGUUUCUCAAUGGCAAGCAAAUCGCCGACAACAUUACGCAGUCUGGUUCCUAUGGCGGCCAUACGUACGACAUCACGGCUCUCGUACGAAAGGAAAAUGCACUUGUAGUCAAAGUCUUUCCUACAAACUAUCAAAAGCACCUAGCGGUCGGAUUUGUCGAUUGGAAUCCUUAUCCGCCUGAUAAUGGCACUGGAGUGUGGAGGGAUAUCACUAUCAAACAGACAGGCGACGUCUUUAUGGGUCCUGUGAGCGUGCUUGUUGACAUGGAUAUACAUAUGGAGAAAAACACAAACCGCCGUGCAAACAUCACCGUCAGGGCUCAGGCCCGAAACCUGAGCAAAAGGCCAGUGAAGUUUAUUGCCAAAGCCGAGAUAAAGACUCCCGACGGCAAACACCUCAAGACGCUUACCAAAACUAUACGUCUCGGGGCUAAGGACUCAACAACUGUUGAGCUCCCAGCAAAGAUUCAAGAUCCACAGGUUUGGUGGCCAGCAGCUUGGGGUGAACAACCACUUUACUCGGUCCAGCUGAGCUACUCUAUCGGGCACGACACUUCAGAUGUCAGUCCUCGUACCAGUUUUGGCAUCCGAACCGUCUCAUCUGAGCUGAAUACGCACAACGACACUUUGUUCAAGGUGAAUGGCUAUUCAAUCCAGAUCAGAGGCGGCGGCUAUACAUCCGACAUGUUUCUGCGGUGGGACCCCCAAUAUUUCGGAUAUGUAGCACGCUAUGUCCUGGACAUGGGCAUGAAUACUAUCCGCCUGUAG